UUGAAAAAACAAGAGUUGAGAAAACAAGCGCAGAGAAAACAAUCGAGAAGUCAAGCUAAUAAUGACACACCUAUGGGUGUCGACUCUGGAUAUAACGAACCUGCCGUUCCAGAAAAUUUGGUUCGAUAUAGAGUUCGCUAUAUGAUAUCUAUAAAAAGAUUAUCACGUUAUCAAAUAGAUUAUCCAUAA